AUGCUAUUCAAAACAUGCACCGCCAUUCUGCUGGCGGCCACCCAGGUAUCGGGCCUGGCCUGCAAGCGCCAGAGCAACGACCGCAAGGUCUUUGCGCACUACAUGGUCGGCCUCACUGAUGGCCAGUCGUCGGAUCAAUGGGCGCAGGACAUCAGCGACGCCAAGAGCGCGGGUAUCGACGGAUUUGCCCUCAACAUUGGCGGCUCCGACAGCUGGACCGACACGCAGCUACCGCUGGCCUACGCCGCCGCCGAGGCCGCCGGCUCCUUUGUCCUGUUCAUCUCCUUUGACCAGGCUACCGCCGACUCCUUCACCGUUGACCAGGUUGUUGGUCUCAUCAACGACUACAAGGAUGAGUCUGCGCAGUUCAAGGUCAACGACGUGCCCUUUGUCAGCACGUUUGAGGGUCCCACCUGGUCGGCUAACUGGGCCGAUGUCAGGACGGCGACGGGAGGUAUCUAUCUGGUUCCAGACUGGUCGAGCCUUGGACCUACUGGAUUUGGCGAUAAGCUCUCCUUGAUUGAUGGUGCCUUCAACUGGGGUGCCUGGCCUUACGCGAACUCGAAAACUCUGUCGGUGGAUGGUGACACCGAAUAUCAGUCCACUUUGGGUGACAAGACCUACAUGAUGGGUGUUAGCCCAUACUUUUACACCGACCUCCCACAAUACUCCAAAAACUGGUACUCCACCAGCGACACCCUCUGGUAUGAUCGCUGGUCUCAGGUGUUGGACGUUUUGCCCACAUAUGUUGAGCUCAUCACUUGGAACGACUACGGCGAGUCCUCGUACCUCAACGACCCCGUCACCUCGCAGAUCGUGAGCGGCGCCGAGACCUACGUCGACGGCUACGACCACACGGCCUUCCGCUUCGUCUUGCCGUACUUCAUCUCCGCCUACAAGGCCGGCACGGCCGAUGUGGCUCUCCCAUCAGGCGAGGGCGCCGUGGCAUGGUACCGCACCACGUCCAAGUCAGUGUGCUCCGAUGGCGGCACGGUCUGGGGCCAGGGCGGCACCGCAUCGGCUGCCGACGGCACCGACGACGUGAUUAGCAUCAUUGCGCUGUCCGAUAACCCGGGCCAGGACAUCUCUGUUUCCAUUGGUGGCGGACAAAGCGUUACUGUCUCGGCUAGCGGCACGGUCGGCAAGGCCAGCUUUUACGAGACCAGCUUCACCGGCUCCACGGGCGCCGUCACGGUGACGGCAGGCGGCAAGUCGGCCACUGGACCGUCCAUUUCGGCAGACUGCCCGAGCUCCGGCCAGGUCAACUUUAAUGCUGUUUCCUUCCAGAUUUAG